AUGCCGAUACCUAUAUCCGCUUCCCGGGGGUGUGCCCGCCCUAUAUUUACGCUCCACAGCUCCCUAAGGCCAUCAUCUCUCCGAACCGCUAAGGUCCCGCAAUGGCUUCGGCCAAGUUCCGCUCAACCAUGCGGUCGAUCAUUCACGACGACAGGCAUUAGAUCUGCAUUCGCGAAGCCAAAUCCCACAACACCUAUAAAGCCCUCUCCCCCGUCUCCGGCAAAGACCGUACAAACUCCGCUCCUAAGCUUUGCGCAGAAACUCGCAGACAAGCCGUCGCCAACGACCUUGUACGAAGCAGCGCCCCAUAGAGUCUUUCUGUUCUCGAGUUACACCGCCGGCGCGUUCUUCGUGGGAUGCGCUGCUAUCAACAUCAUCCUAAACGUCUAUAACCAGCCGGAAGGGCUCCAUUGGAUCGUUAGCGUCGGGUUCGGCACCAUGGGCAUACUCCUAGCCGCCGCCGGGACCAGAUUCGCCCUGAUGCCCGCGGGCAUGAUACGCUCUAUCAAGGUGCUACCGGCCAAGUCGGUCAAGACGUCCGACUCCGCCGCAGCGAAAGCAGCAGCGCGGGCAAACCUACCGGUGCGGCUCCAGAUCGAAGCGCGGCGCUCGGUGCCCUUCCCGGGGGUGCCGCUGCGGCGCAUACAGGUCGACCCGAGCGACGUGGUCAUGAAGGCGCCGCUGUACAACCGCAAGGCGCCGCUGUCCGAAUACGAGAAGAUGCAGCUGAAGAAGCAGGAGGAGGCGCGGCGCAAGCAGGAGCGCGAGUACGAGAUGAACCACCUGAUGACGGCGCCGUUCCGGCACGCCAAGCAGGCCUUCGGGCUGCUCUUCAGGAACUUCCGCCGCGGCCUGACGGGCGAAGGGUUCGCGCCGAUAUACGUCAAUGGAACUAAGUAUAAGCUCGACAUCACGUCGGCCUACGUGCUGGAGGAGGGACGGGCUCUGGAUAGGAUCGUGAAGAUUGAGAAGUAA